AAGAAGGGAGAGAGAGAGAGAGAGAGAGGAGGAGGAGGACGAGGUCAGGGUGGCUCAGGCUGGAAUAUGAACUUUAAUGUGCUGAGCAGGUGGGUCAGCCGAGUCAGCCAGCAGCAGUUCCAGCGAGUGAUGGCGUCCAGUAGCGACAGGGAGGGGGCGGUGACGGCUGCCCGCCUCAACCGCCUGGCCUCGGAGAAGUCCCCUUACCUCCUGCAGCACGCCACCAACCCUGUAGACUGGUACCCAUGGGGGGAGGAGGCGUUCGAGCUGGCACGGCGCGAGGACCGGCUCAUCUUCCUCAGCGUGGGCUACUCGACGUGUCACUGGUGCCACGUCAUGGAGAGGGAGAGCUUUGAGAACCCCGAGAUCGCGAAGCUCAUGAACACCAACUUCGUCAACGUGAAAGUGGACCGAGAAGAGCGGCCUGACGUGGACAAAGUGUACAUGACCUUUGUGACGUCCCUCAGUGGUGGCGGUGGCUGGCCCAUGAGUGUCUGGCUCACCCCGGAACUCAAGCCCAUCUACGGAGGCACUUACUUUCCGCCCAACAACCGGUACUUUGGACGGCCAAGCUUCCCGCAGCUCCUUGAGUCCAUUGCCUCUCAGUGGCGGGAUGACCAGGUGAAGUUCAAGGAGUCUGGCAGCAAGAUCAUGGAGGUGCUGGACCGGACCUCUCGCCUGCCUGCCCCGGGGACUGAGGAGCUGCCGGGGGAGGAGCCGAUAGCACGGUGUUUGGCGCAGCUCACAAGGGCCUUCGAGAGUGAGUAUGGAGGCUUCAGCGAGGCCCCCAAGUUCCCUCAGCCAUCAAACUUCAACUUCCUCUUCACCCACUAUGCCCUCAACCCCCACCUGGAGGAUGCCAAGCAAGGAUUGGCCAUGGCGCUGCACACACUGUCCAUGAUGGCUCGGGGCGGCAUACAUGACCACGUGGCGCAGGGCUUUGCCAGGUACUCGACAGACAAGCGGUGGCACGUCCCUCACUUUGAGAAGAUGCUGUACGACCAGGCGCAGCUCAUCCACUCCUUCCUGGACGCCUUUAUCGUCUCCGGCCAGUCCAGGCACUCACAGGUCGCCCGGGACAUCCUCAGCUACGUCAUGAGGGACCUGAGCCACCCGAGUGGUGGAUUCUACAGCGCCGAGGAUGCGGAUUCCCUUCCCACCCCCGACGCUAAGGAGAAGAGGGAGGGAGCGUUCUGCGUGUGGACGUGGGACGAGGUGUCUGCGCUGCUGGGGAUGCCGGUGAAGGAGGGACACACCAACACCCUGGCUGACGUCUUCUGCCACCACUACUCGGUUGCUGAAGGCGGCAAUGUGGACCCCUACCAGGACCCCCACGAUGAGCUCAAGAACCAGAACGUCCUGAUGGAGCACUGCACGGUGGAGGAGACUGGCCAGGAGUUCUGUCUGGAGGAGGCGGAGUGUGCCGAGGCCCUGGCCAAGGCGCGGCAGAUCCUGUACGAGGUGAGGGCCAAGCGGCCGCGACCUCACCUGGACGACAAGAUGCUCACGGCCUGGAACGGCAUGAUGAUCACAGCGAUGGCGCGGGCUGGUGCUGUGCUGGGGGACGACCAGUACACGCAGCGGGCCCUGGAGGCAGCGGAGUUCAUCAAGACCCAUCUGUACAGGGACGGCAAACUCCUGCGGGCCGCCUACGCUGCCGAGGGGGGCGACGUGUCCUUAGGCUCCCAGAUUGACGGGUUUGUUGACGACUAUGCGUGGGUUGUGCGGGCGUGUCUGGCGCUGUACGAGACGACCCUUGACACUGCCUGGUUGUCCCUGGCGGAGGAGCUGCAGGACCGGCAGGAUGAGCUCUUCUGGGACCCCGAUGGCACGGGAUAUUACCUUAAUAGACCCGGGGACUCGUCGAUUCUUCUGCGCAUCAAGGAAGACCAGGACGGAGCAGAACCUUCGGCCAACUCAGUCUCGGCCGGGAACCUGGUGCGUCUGAGUCCCCUGCUGGGCCGCUCCGACAUGCUCUCCAAGGCUGAGGCGAUCUUCAAGCUCUUCGCCGACCGCCUCAACAAGAUCCCCGUCGCUCUGCCUGAGAUGACCACCGCCCUGCUGCUGCACCGACGCCCCCCAACCCAGAUAAUAGUGGCAGGGAAGUGUGGCUCCGAGGCCGUCAACAAGAUGCUGGAAACUGUGCACAGUGAACUCAUCCCUAACAAGGUGCUGAUGCUGGCUGACGACCUGCCCGAGGAUGAGCACCCCUUCCUCUACACCCGCCACUCCUCCCUGGCCAAGUACCGCCCCAAGAGUGCCGAGGAAUGCCUGGUCUAUGUCUGCCAGAACUUCCGCUGCACACUACCCGUUAACAAACCCGACCUCUUGAGAGACACGCUAAAGAGCCCUGCGUCCAAUUAGCGAGGUAUGCUUCUCGUCUUUCCGUUCCCUGUUUGACUUUUUCGUGUGUGUUUCGUUGUUUCGUUCUUGUUGUUCAUGUUUCUUUCAGACAUGUCAAGUUACCUGUUCUUCAUUUAUAUUUAUUUCUGUUAUGUCAAGUUUCCUUCUCUUUGUUUUUACUUCUUUCCAUUAUGUUAGGUUCUGCGCCACAUGACUGUUGUUGUUGUGGCGCUAUAUCCGAAUAUCCGAUCAUUGUCAAGUUUCUCUUUCGUUAUUGUAUUUGUGAUCGGUCUUUCUUGUCCUUCCUUCUGUUGCCAAAUUGUUAUUGUCACGCUUUGGAUUCUUGUGUGUACCGUCUCUCGUCUGAUUCACUUUGAGUCGCCAGGAAUGAGAUGGCAAGCAUAUUCGGAUCAUUGUCGUUCACUUGCCCUUUUUGAUGAUGAAGCCGCUCAUUGUUCUCCUGAUUGGUGAGUGCUAAUUUGGAAAUCUCAGGUAGCUUGUGUCACGUCUCGAUUCACUUUAUCAUCUCUGUGUUCAGUGAUGCUUCAUGGCUCAGCUGCUUCCAGUUGUUUUGGCUUGUAAUUAGUUGUGGCUUGGAAGGUUUAGGAAUCUUAAUUGGCCUUGGAUUGGAUUGUCUUGGGCCACACGUUUGGAAUGUUGUUAUCAUUGAUCGAAGUGCAUAUGUUUUACGAAUAUAUGCAGUUGUCUUGACAUUUGCAGAGCUACAGGCAAAGAGCCCACAAGCUCAUGCUCAGAGUCAAUCUAGACAUAUGCACUUUUUAGGUAUGGGAGAUAAAUGAAAGAAAAGCUGCCAGGCAUGAGGAGGUAUAAGAGAAAACUGACUAACAGACAAGUGCGUGAUAUUUACAACACUGAGAGAUUGACCUUCAUCUCUGAGGCAGCAGUGUAAAGUAAUUUAAUUUAUGUUAAGUUACAAUAAGUUCAUGACUGUGUCAACAAAGAAGCUAAAGAUUCACAUUGAGAGUGCAAAUAAUAUGCCAGUUGUUUGCUUCAAAAUCAUGAAGUAAUUGUUUAAAGUGAUGAUCAUGUAUAUAUAUUUGGUCCUGAAGUAUUAAUGGUGUGUGUGUUUUGGGGUGAGGUAUCACAUACUUUUAAGAGUUUAAUUCUUUGUAAAAAUUCAGUAAUGAAAAAUGUGUUCCAAGGGAAGUCUUAUGCUUAUGCCUUUCAUUUUUCAUUUGUACAAGUUCUGAAGAGAACUUUAGAGUCAUGUAAAAUUAUGAUUGGCAUACAAACAUAAUGUUUUUCGAAGAUGAAAACAAAAAAUGUUAUUGGAAACACAAAUAAUCACAUUACUGGCCUGAAACACAGGAAUGCACCCUCACCAAAAAUAAACAAAGAAUUGCAUAAGCAAAGGGCUACACUAUGCAGGUGUAAAUAAUUAUAUUUUUGAAUUAUCAUCCGGUGUAAGGCGUUGCUUAAGAGUGUACUUUAGUAAGGUUCUCGGUGUCUACCUAAACAGAGGAUUUUAUGAGUCGUGGUGAGUUUGCUGUAAGGUUACAUUUGCCAGCUUGUGUGCACCAUUCACUGCCACUGUUGUAAGGAACUGUGGUGUGAGCCUCAUCACUAUGAGUGUCUAGCCACGGCCCCGGCCAGGACAUUGCUUGGUAGGGAUGAGCUGUUUGUGCUCUGCCACAGCUGUAUGAACUCAGCUCUUCAGGCCAUGGCAGGCCUCUCCCCUCUCCAUCUUCAAGUUGUCUGACUCUUGCCUCCUUCCUUCCUUGCUUGGAGUGUCGUGCACGCAGGGCUGAAGGGAGUGGUGGUGGUGUAAGCCAUGGUCGAGAAGGUGACGGGAAAUUUGCUAUUUUUGUAUGUUGUCGUCGCCUGGGCCAGCAGUGUGGCAGUGUGGAGGUGCUGGCACAUGGCAGUAAUGGUCUAAUCUUAAGACUGAUGUUUACAUUAGUUUAUUGGGUCAAACAAGUUAGGUUACGUAAGUGGUUCAGUCAGGGUGUGAGCGGCUUUAAAACACAUAUUGUUGUGGAGCAGCCACAAGAGGGAAGUUGUAAAAACAGUAACAAUGCAAAUGAUUAUUAUUAUUUUUACUACUACUACUACUGGUAUUUCUAUUAUUAUUAUUAUUAUUAUUAUUAUUAUUAUUAUUAUUAUUAUUAUUAUUAUUAUUAUUAUUAUUGUUUGUACUAAAAUUGCUAAAAGUUCAGCCAGUGCUCUCUCACCACUGGUAGAUCACAUAAGAUAAUUUUCCCCUCGUCUACCACUUGAGUGACUGAAAUCAAAACACAGAGUUGUAAAUCAAACAAAAGUGUAUUGAUCAAUGUUUAUGAGUGAUCAAGGUGAGGCUUACCUUAUAUUGUCUGCCAUGGUUGAGAUUGCCCCAUGUACCGGGAGGAACAAGGAAGACCUUACUCUACAAACUACUUGAUCAUUAUUCUCAGCGUACGUUUCGCAUCUCAUUUACAUUUGUACUGCGGCAGUUCAUUGUCUCUGUGGUGACGUUUGAUGUGAGCGUAACAAUGAGACUGUCAAGAUCAUUCACAACCAUGUUUACUAUGCAGCUGGAUGUUGAUAGGUGAGCAUGCAGUAGUAGUUGUGGUAAACAAUAGGAAGAAGAUUGUUCCCUUCCCAAAGAUUCAUGAGUCACAGGAAUAGUGUUUUAUCUUUGCUUCUUUCUUGGGGUCAUUCAAGGACCUUCACUAAUCUCAGCUAACAGUUUUGGGGUCACGUUUCCCGCUCAUCCCGGCUUUCUAGUUUGUGGAGCAGCAGCGUAAAGUCUUCCCACGUAACCCUGUAAUGGAUCACUAAGUUAAUUGUGAUGACAGUUUCUUCCAUGUUGGCUUUUCCGAUACCCUACGCCACUGUCCACCCAGCAGCGAAUGGGUACAAGGUAUUAAUUGGGGGUUGUGUCCCGUCUCCUGGGAUCUGUUCUCUUCUCCUAUAAUUCCUUCCCUCUCCUGUCUCUCUCCGGCAUAUGACCACAGAUGUUGUGCCGACUAAACGAAACUUUCCAACUUUUUUCUUCCAUGUCCCAAAGUUUCCGUGUGUGUGUGUAAUUAUUCCAAGUAUUACGUAUUUCAACCCUGUAUAUUUAGUUACCAAGACUACCGAUCUAGUGACAAGGAGACGCAGCACAGUCGUCUCCAACUGUCUACCUAACUACCGACCUAAGAUUCUGUUGACUUCCUAUAGUGGUUGUGCAACUUGUGUACUCAACGCCCAUUAUUCUUAUGUAGAGUUAUAUUGUAUGUAUGUAGUGUUUGUACCCAUUCUUCUAUGCAGUGUUUGUACCCUUCAUUCUGUAUUGUGAUGUUUUAGGCUGAAGUAUUGGCCGCCUUCUUUCUUAUUGAGUAACAUGUAGAUUGUACCUUAUCUGCACCUUCUUUCCAUAGUAAUGUACUGAGAAGAGUAUUGUCACCUUCGUAAAGAGACCGCCUAAGUCAUUAUUUUCUACCUUUUAGGAAAUCAGAAAAGAACUGUCAUCGUCUCAUUUGGCGUAAAAAGGAAGUACCAAUGGGUCCCUCGAAAUGUAACUUUGUAAUGCAUCGUUAGCCAAGUGUAAGGCAGCAAGUAAGGGACUGCGAAGGAGUAUUAUUUGGGUCCUUUAAGAUUUAGGCAGAAAUGAAAACGCUAAUUCUAGAACACUUAAACCCUGAAUAACGAAGGUAACUAUACAAAAAUGGGCGUCACGUUGAAAAUUGAAGUAAACAACAUGACUUAGGCGAUUAUUUUACGAGGGUGAUGAUAUGCAAGCUUCCCUCAUCCCUUGUGUCAGUCUGAAGUACAGCCGUCCCUCAAAUAGUAUGCUUUCCAAUAGUUCUGUUUUGGUUUUAUGUGGAUUUUCAUAGAAGAUUUUUUUUGGAUUUUUAAAUUUCCCGACAAGCAGGAAAUUUAAAAAUCCUGAAAAGAUCUUCAUGACAAUCCGUAUAAAACCGAAACAGAACUAUUAGAAACUGUACUAUUUGAGGGACGACUGAAUUUGCACCCGUCUGUAUAGUAACAUAGUCCUGUGAAACAAUUGCACUCUUUCUCGCGCGGCGGCGGUGACACGAGGUCUUUCCCGACAAGAGGUUCAAAGUCUGUGUGAUGGACGUGCUUUUGCUCUUUUAUUCAGUCUCUCCACGAAGGUCUUUAAAAUAUACUCGUUAUAGCUCACAGAUUUACAUUAUGGAUUCUACUUUAUGGUGAUGCAUUAUGCUGUAUGUCUUAUGAAUAUUUAUCUGUAGGUUACUGCAAUAGCUUCAAGCACCUUUUGAGAGAAUAGUAAUCUUGUUGUGAAUACAGAUAACACAUAUAUAUAUAGUGAGAACACGUACCAAUUCAUACAACUCAGAUGAAAUAUGAUGAAAUGACUGCUUUGAGCUUGACAUAGAUAUACUCCUCCUGCAAAACAUAGAAAAAUCUCCGCAAUAGGUUCAGCAUUUGCUUCUACUAGAGUAAUCAUAAGUGUAUUUAUACAUAUAACACAUUAAGUGAAGUUUUGCAGAGCUGAGGCUGUGGCAGAUUUCUGUGAUAUGUAUAAAUGGAAUAACAAGAGGCUUAGUGAGUGAUUGCAUAUAUACGCACCAUACAUUAAAAGGGAAAAAUAUCCAUGGAUUAGAGAACAGGCUUAGAAUAGCAGCCGUUGAAUGAUUGAAGGGAUUAAAUAUGACAACUUUUAGUGAUCUUACGAACCAGCGAACAGCAAAAAGAACCAUUAAGCUGUGUCAUAUAAACUAAGAAUUACCAUAGAAGGAAACCAAGGACGAUCUAUUAACAUACAUGGACUGUUUUGCAAGAUAUUGAUCAACAGACAAGCCAUUAAGCUGUCAUAUAAACGAAAGAAUUGCCGUACAAGGAAACCAAAGACAAUCUGUUAACUCACAUGGACUGUUUUGCAAGGUAUUAAGACACAGACAAGCCGUUAAGCUAUGUCAUAUAAACUAAGAAUUGCUGUACGAGGAAACCAGAGACAAUCCAGUAACUCACAUGGACUGUUUUGCAAGAUAUUGAAACACAAACAACCCAUUAACCUAUGUCAUAUAAACUAAGAAUUGGCAUACUAGGAGACCAAAGACAAGUAAUUCGUGACCGUUUUGCAAGCUAUUAACAACAUCCGAGCCUCACGUAGCCUGGUAGGUGCGGCGAGACAGGAAGUAGGGCCAGUAUGCUAUGUUGAAAAGGAGGAAGAGAAUCGGCAGCAGGAUGGGCGUGUAGGUUUCCAGUCUUCCUUCCCACACCUCGCUCCACGCGGGGCUGACGGCCUCCUCGGACUGCUGUGGGAAAGUGGAGUUUGGGUUUCGAUAGAGAAGAUUGAGUUUUGGUAGUGGAGGCUCAGUUUUGAUAUUUGAGGUUCAGUUGAUAUUUGAGGAUGAGUGUUAGUAGUGGAGGUUCAGUUUUGAUAUUUGAGGUUGAAUUUUGCAAGUGGAGGUUCAGUUUUGAGGGUGAGUUUUUAUAGUUGAGGUUGAGUUUUGAGGGUGUGUUCUUAUAGUUGAGGUUCAGUUUUGAGGGUGAAUUUUUAUAGUUGAGGUUGAGUUUUGAGGGUAAGUUCUUAUAGUUGAGGUUGAGUUUUGAGGGUGUGUUCUUUUAGUUGAGGUUGAGUUUUGAUAUUUGAGGUUGAAGUUUGAUAUCCGAAAUUGAGUUUCGCUUGUGGAGGGAUAUUUUCAGAGUGGAGGUUCAUUUUAAAAGUGGAGGGACAAUCUUAAAAGUGGAAGUUCAGUUAUAACAAUAGAGGUUGAGUUUUGACUAGUGGAAGGACUGUUUAAAUAUGUAUCGUAGGUUGUUUUAAUACAGUAGUGGAGGUUUAGUUAUGACUGUGGAAGUUGUUUUAAUGGUUCGUCUGUGGAAUAUUUUGUUAGGGGAUGCCAAAAAGGUGUUUCCAGGACAUUCAUGCAUAAGAUAUUUCAAAGAUAAACAUUAGCCUCCAUUUCCUUUUCAUGAGUUGCGGAAAAUAAUAUCGUAAUUUAAGGAAGAGAUAGAUGUUUGAAAUGCCGAAGAUAUAUUGAAGGGAAAUGUUAGCCUCCGUUCCUCAUGAGUUGCCGAAAAUGGUAUCGUAAUUUAAGGACGAGAUGUAAGAUGUUUGAAAUGCCUAAGAUAUAUUGAAGGGAAAUAUUAGCCUCCGUUUUUUUUCAUGAGUGGUGAAAAAUGAUAUCGUAAUUUAAAGAAGAGAUGUAAGAUGUUUGAAAUGCCGAAGAUAUAUCGAAGGGAAAUGUUAGCCUCUGUUUUUUUCAUGAGCUGCAGAAAAUGGUAUUGUAAUUGAAGGAUGAGAUGUAAGAUGUUUGUGAAGCUGUGGUAAUAAGAGGCAUAGAAAAGGUUAAGAGGCACAGAAAAAGUUGUCUAUAGGUUUUGUUAAGAGGCAUAGAAACACUUGUCUUGUAGGUUUUGUUAAGAAGCAUAGAAACACUUGUCUUAUUGGUUAUGUUAAGAGGCACAGAAAAAACUUGUCUUGUUGGUUUUGUUAAGAGGCAUAGAAACACUUGUCAUAGGUUAUGUUAAGAGGCACAGAAAAAACUUGUCUUGUUGGUUUUGUUAAGAGGCAUAGAAACACUUGUCAUAGGUUUUGUUAAGAGGCAUAGAAAAAACUUGUCUUGUUGGUUUUGUUAAGAGGCAUAGAAAAACUUGUCAUAGGUUUUGUUAAGAGGCAUAGAAAAACUUGUCUUGCCGGUUUUGUUAAGAGGCAUAGAAACACUUGUCUUGUGGGUUUUGUUAAGAGGCAUAGAAAAAUUGUCUUGUGGGUUUUGUUAAGAGGCAUAGAAAAACUUGUCUUGUGGGUUUUGUUAAGAGGCAUAGAAACACUUGUCAUAGGUUUUGUUAAGAGGCAUAGAAAAACUUGUCUUGUUGGUUUUGUUAAGAGGCAUAGAAACACUUGUCAUAGGUUUUGUUAAGAGGCAUAGAAAAACUUGUCUUGCCGGUUUUGUUAAGAGGCAUAGAAACACUUGUCAUAGGUUUUGUUAAGAGGCAUAGAAAAACUUGUCUUGCCGGUUUUGUUAAGAGGCAUAGAAACACUUGUCAUAGGUUUUGUUAAGAGGCAUAGAAAAACUUGUCUUGUUGGUUUUGUUAAGAGGCAUAGAAACACUUGUCAUAGGUUUUGUUAAGAGGCAUAGAAAAACUUGUCUUGCCGGUUUUGUUAAGAGGCAUAGAAAAACUUGUCUUGUAGGUUUUGUUAAGAGGCAUAGAAAAACUUGUCAUAGGUUUUGUUAAGAGGCAUAAAAUUGUCUUGUGGAUUGUGUUAAGAAGCAUAGAAAAACUUGUCUUGUGGGUUUUGUUAAGAGGCAUAGAAACACUUGGCUUAUGGGUUUUGUUAAGAGGCAUAGAAAAACUUGUCAUAGGUUUUGUUAAGAGGCAUAAAAAAAUUGUCUUGUGGAUUGUGUUAAGAGGCAUAGAAAAACUUGUCUUGCUGGUUUUGUUCAGAGGCAUAGAAAAACUUGUCUUGUGGAUUGUGUUAAGAAGCAUAGAAAAACUUGUCUUGCUGGUUUUGUUCAGAGGCAUAGAAAAAGUUGUGUAGGUUUUGUUAGCGGUAUGUAAUCAAUGAGGCUUUCGAUGGGUAUAAACAAUUGUCGUCAGGAGAGUCUCGGUUUUCGUUGAGGCAGCAAGUGUGUACAAGCCAAUCGUUACAGUCUCCAUCCAGAUGCUGUUUCCCGUACGUCAAUUAAUGUGUCCAUCCAACUGCUGUUUCAUAUCGUUUAAGGUUUCCAUCCAGACACUGUUUUGCAUAAUGUUACUUGUACUCGUUUUGAAAUUGAACGUUAAAAGAAAAGUUACUGUAAGCCUAUUUUUGGUAAGGUUUUGAUAUAGGGUUAAAGUACAACAUAUUCCAGAAAGCUAAAGAAAAUCAACACUAGGAUGUCUUAUAUAAGUUGUACUCGUAUCGAAAUUGAACGUUAAAAGAAAAGUUACUGUAAGCCUAUUUUUGGUAAGGUUUUGAUAUAGGGUUAAAGUACAACAUAUUCCAGAAAGCUAAAGAAAAUUAACACUAGGAUGUCUUAUAUAAGUUGUACUCGUAUCGAAAUUGAACGUUAUGAAAAGGUACUGUAAGCCUAUUUUUGUUAAGGUUUUGAUAUAGGGUUAAAGUACAACAUAUUCCAGAAAACUAAAGAAAAUCAAUACUAGGAUGUCUAUGUAAGUUGUACUCGUAUCGAAAUUGAACAUUAAGAAAAACUACUGUAAGCCUAUUUUUGUUAAGGUUUUGAUAUAGGGUUAAAGUACAACAUAUUCCAGAAAACUAAAGAAAAUCAACACUGGGAUGUCUAUGUAAGCUGUUCUUGUAUCAAAAUUGGAAGUUAAGAAUAUGAUGGUGUAAGCAUUUUGGAUAAGGUUUUGAUAUAGGGUUAAAGUAUAGCAUAUUCCAGAAAGCUAAAGAAAAUCAACACUAGGACGUCUCGUGUAAGCUGUUCUCGUAUCAAAAUUGGAAGUUUAGAAUGCGAUGGUGUAAGUAUUUUAUGUAAGGUUUUGAUAUAGUUACCGUAAGACAUAUUCUAGCGACCUAAACAAAAUCAAACAUUAGGAUGUCUUAACUUUUGGAAUUUCUACACAUAUUAAAAUUGAAGGUUAAAAAUAAGUGACAUUGUAAGUAUUUUUGAUAAGGUUUUGCUUGAGUCAAAGUCAGACAUAUUCCAAAGACUUCAACAAAAUCAAACCCUCGGAUGUGUCUUAGGGUAAGGCUGAUUGACAGAAUUCCUUGACCGGUGCAAUAUGAUAAAACAAAGUGCUGUGUUUACUACUUCGUUAAGAGACAAUGGUACGUCACGUGUGGUUAUGCUCCAAGCAGAUGUUGACGGAAAGAAUAUUUGGCACUUCUCAAGAUGGUGUUAAGAUUGAAGCGGAAAAUGUAGGUAAAAUCUUUCGUCACUUGAUCAGAUGUUACACUGUGGUUUUGAGUGAAAGAUGGACAAUAAGCUAAUGAAAAAUGGUGACUAAGUUGGUUAUGUUGAUGAUAUGUUAAUGUAAGAAUAUUUGGUACGUUACAGGCAGACGAUGUUAAAGAUAUGAUUAAAAAAUGUAGGUCAAAGCUUCCGUGAAAUAAUUACCUAGACAUAACAUUGUGGAUACGAAUGAAAGAUUAAGCUAAUGAAAAAAAGGUCACUAAGGCUGGUAUUUUAAGACAUGCGCUUCUUACAUCAGCUAUUUCUAAAGGUUAAAGAGAGGGUCAGUCAGAUUCUAAUGAGUGUUUCUUUAGGUUCACGGUACAGAGGAAGGGUCACAUUAUCACCAGGGUCAUAAAACUACUCCUGGAAAUGCUCACAACUCCUACGAAAGCCUUGUCAAAUAGGUGUUCUUGGGCGGAGAAAUGUCCUAUAAUAUGACCCUAAGUUGGUAAUGUUAUUUUUAACUAUGCAAGAGACAGGCGAGGUGGUUUAAAUGAUAAGGAAAGAGAAUGGAGUCGUAUAAGUUUCCGAUUGACGUUUUGGUAUUUUUUGGUCUUUUAACACACGGCAGUUACGAUGAGUGGUGAGUAAAGGUCCGUGUAUUUAUCGAUCUUAGGGUGUUGAUACUAAUUGUACUACCUUGUUGUUUUGUUGGUCUUGCUAUGGAAAAGAAAACAUCUGAGUUCCACAAUAAAAAGAAAUUAGUUUUGAAC